AUGGUCUUCGAGCGUCAGGCAGAGGCCGGCAACCUGUCUUCCAUCACACUCUUCAAUACCAAAAGCGAGGCCCCUUCACCACUAUCACCGUCUACUGCUCGCAACUCCUUGGAUAAAGCUCCUCAUGCGUCGGCCUUGACUCUCACGAAUCCUAACGGUAACGAGGAUGUCGAGCUUGCAGCAAAGAAUACCUCCAGCAAAACAUCGGCCGAGCCACCAUACCACAUCUUUUCCCACCGUCAGAAAUGGCAGCUCGUUCUCCUAGUCUCCAUUGCAGGAGCAUUCUCCCCUCUUUCCUCAAACAUAUAUUUCCCGGCCAUAGACACCAUAUCGUCGCAGCUACAUGUUAGUGCCUCGCUGGUAGCUCUGACAAUCACCGUGUACCUGAUAGUUCAGGGUAUCAGCCCGUCAAUAUGGGGCCCGAUGUCAGAUACCUCUGGUCGCCGGAUUACUUUUGUUAUCACCCUCACCAUAUAUGCCGCCGCUAAUCUCGCACUGGCUUUUACCGCCAACUUCCCAAUGCUAGUUGUACUUCGUGGCGUGCAGGCUUUGGGUUCUGCGGCAACUAUCAGUAUUAGUGUCGGCGUGAUUGGGGAUAUGGCUUGCCCUGAAGAGAGAGGAGGCUUUGUAGGGACUAACGCUGGAAUUCGGAUGAUUGGACAGGCUGUUGGCCCCGUUAUUGGUGGCCUGCUUAACAGCAAAUGGGGGUUUAGAAGCAUUUUCUGGCUCCUCUUUGUCCAGAGCAUUAUUGUCCUGCUGUUAUUACUGGUGUUCUUACCGGAAACUCAGCGGAAGUUAGCAGGAAACGGCAGCAUUCCUCUCCAUGGAUUCCAUAAACCGUGGUUGUACUACCUGCAGCCACCUAAGUCAUGGGCCAAGAACAAGGGCAGCGAAUCUCCCGCAUCCAAAAUUCCACGCAUAUCACUCAAAAGUACACUUGUUCCGUUGACGUAUGUCUUCCAAAAAGACAUCUUCGUCCUCCUUGCCUGGGGUUCUCUUAUCUAUACACUCUGGAGCAUGGUAACAUCCUCAACCACUACCGUUCUACUGCACUCAUUCCCUAGCCUAACACAAUGGCAAAUUGGUCUCUGCUUCCUUCCCAACGGAGCCGGAUGUGUACUUGGCUCUCUAUUUACCGGACGGCUGUUAGACCGAACUUUUAAGCGAAUCCAAUCCGAAUACAAGAUACAGCAUGGCUUGCCGGACUCAGUGAACAUAAAAAACAUACCAGACUUCCCUAUUGAACGCACUCGGCUUCAAUUUAUGCCUUAUUUCAGUCUAUCUUUCAUCAUAUGUGUCGCUCUCUACGGACCUAGUUUCGAGCUGAAUGACUUGAGGAGAUAUUUCGCUGCCAACCUGGUGGCCUCGUUGGGUCUCCAAUUCAUGAUUGCUUUCACAUCAACCGCCAUUUUUAACAUCAACUCGACCAUGUUGGUGGACUGCUUCCCUAACGGCUCAGCCAGUGCAACAGCAACUAACAACCUUGUUCGAUGCCUUGUGGGUGCAGCUGGAGUGAGUGUGAUUCAACCCUUGAUAGCGGCUGUGAGAGUAAGGAACGCCUUUCUGAUAUUGACUGGUGUUGUUGUAUUGUUUUUACCGCUGGUAUGGGUACAAUGGCAGUACUGCGGGAAAUGGAGGCAGGAAAGGGUACGAAGAGAAAGUGAAAAGUCUGGAACAGGUGAAAAAUAA